AACCAGCCAGCCAGUCAAGUCAGUUCAGUUCAGUUCAGCUCAGUUUAUUGUAUACGAUUUUGAACAGUUUGAAAUUUUCUUCAGUUCGUUCGUUGUUCAUAGUACAAUUUUACUUCUACUCUAGUACUGUGCUGUGUAUAGUUAAAAAAAAAUUUCUUCGGUGGUCUUGUGCAAAAUAAAAAAAAGAAAUAAACUGAAACUGCAAAAGAAUAAAAUUUAUAUAGAAUACAAAUAUACAACAGAUAUUUUGAGUUUCUUCUUCUUGUUAUUUCUGCUGCUGGUGUCUAACGAGCGUGUGAAUAUUUUUAAAACUUAAAACAAAUUACCCAAAAAAAAAAACUAUAUAAAAAAUGGCUGGUGAACGUCCAAAACGUCCUUUGUCCGCAUACAUGUUGUGGUUGAAUGAAAACCGUGAACAACUGAAAAAAGAAAAUCCCGGCAGUAAAGUAACCGAAAUCGCCAAAAGAGGUGGUGAAUUAUGGAGAGCAAUUAAGGACAAAACAGAAUGGGAACAGAAAGCCAUUAAAAUGAAGGAAGAAUACAACAAAGCUGUUAAGGAAUACGAAGCUAAUGGUGGUACUGAUACUGGUGCCGGUAAGAAGCGCAAGAGCAAGGCCACCAAGCCCGUCAAGAAGGCCAAGAAGAAAGAAACCUCCGAAGAAGAAGAGGAAGAGGAGAGCGAUUAAAUUAAUGCAAAUAAAUAACAACAACAACAAAAAACUUCAAAAAAAGAAAAACCUGCAAAAUUAUUUCGUUUUUUUUUUAUUUUUUAAUUUAUACUAAAGUAAAAAAGAAAAA